CUGUUGAGAACUACAGUGAUUGCACGUUACUUUUCAUAUUUUUAUUAUAAAUUACAAAGUCAAAGAAGAAGGAAAGCAAGCAAUAAAAUAUACAGUUAGAUUGAUUUUUUUUUAUUACAAAAUUUAAAGUGAAUUCAAAUAAUUCCAAAUCAAUACGAGUUAACAACAAAGGCUACAAAAUUAUUAGUGAUAUAAAAGUGAACAAAUUUAUAAGAAUUUUUGGAAAAAUAAUAAGUACUAUAGAGAAAGGAAAAAGUGUCCAUAAAAAGUUCCUAAUAGAAAAAAAAAAAACAACUAUAAUAUAAAUAAGUUAUAGAAAGAAAAUGUAUACUGUUUCCAAAGGUCCCAGCAAAAUUGUGGCCAAAACACGUAGAGGUUUAUCACAAAAUUUUGAAAAAUUUGAAACCAUCAAAGAAAGCAGUAAACGUAACAAUGAUGCAAAUAGUCCGGAAAAAUUAAGUGUACCACGUCCAGUUUUUCAAACAAAGAAAAUUUAUACGCAUCCAAAGAUUGUUGAAGAGGAAGUGUUGACACCUCAGCAUGAGGAAAUUAUAAAAUAUAUAAAUGAUUCCUGGAAUAUAAUAGUGGCUGACAAUCCUUAUGAUCGAGCGCCCACUACUGCACCUGUGGCUGAUGCUAAUAACAAUACUGCUACCUCCCUUAUCAUUAAAUCAGCUAACGGUACUACGAAUGGCCAGCUAGCUUCUUCUUCUACUUCCAUAUAUUGUGUUGAACCUCCAAGUCCUGUUUUAAGUGACUUUAAACCUUUUGAUCUGGAAUCAUGGUGGGGUCGUCGUCUAUUUAACAACAUCACCAAAAGUCUUUGAAUCCUCAAUGGCCUGUUAACCAUAGCAGCCUUAACAUUAAACCAAAAGUAAAGGAACCGGCUGUAUUUUCUUUGCUCUUUGGCCAUUGUUGAUUUACAGAUAUAAUUGUAAUUUGUUUAUUAUUUUGUAAUUUGUAAUUUUAAGUUCUAAAUUUAAUUAUAACGCUCUACUAAUUAAUGUUAAUUUAAGCUUUAUAAUUCAAAACACCACACAACAAAAGAAACUACUGUGUAUAGAUUAAAAUAUCAUUGUAAAAAAUAUUCGCCAGUCAUUGUUAGUUAAAAAAAAUAAUGUCUUCCUUUAUUCAUAACUAAAAAAAAGAAAACGAAAAUCGGUUUUGUAAUUAUUAUUGUUAAUUGUUUUUGUUUGUAAUUCAUUAAGUUUAGUUUUUAAAUAAGUUUUUAGUGAUUUCCUUUUUUAAUGAAUGUUUUUCCCAUCAAAAUUAUUGUUUUGGAUUGUAAGAAAAUAAGAAAAGAAAAUUAAAACAA